GAAAGAGCAGUGCCCUCUGGCACCUGUUUCCAAGCAAUGACCUCAAAGGCCAAGAAGAGGGUGAUCCUCCCAACACGCCCUGAGCCCCCCAACGCAGAACAGAUUCUUGAAGAUGUCCAGCGUGCCCAGCCCAACGACCCCGUUUUUGUCCUCCUGGUGGAGCCCAAUGAAGAUUUGCCCACCCCAACGAAGAAUGAAGAUCCAGAGGCCAAGAGGGAACGCCUCUAUCGGCUGACCCAGUCCUACGUGGAGAUGAAUCACCGCCUCCAGAAGGCCUGCAGUUUGCUCAAGGAGAAGUGUGAGGAGCUGAAACUGGCUGGAGCAACCCUGGAGCAGGGCAUUUUAGAGAUGAAGCAGAGGGCUUUGUGAGAUAACUUUUUUGGGGGAAGUGACCACAGCCAAAUUGACCAUAGCGCUUCCCCCCUCC